CGAUCCAUCUCGUUUCUGAUCCGCCUGGGCUAAAACGUCGGAGGGACGAAGGCAGGCUGUUGGCGAAAGCAAAAAUGGCGAGCGGGAGCUUGAAGAGCAUUCUGGCGGCGGCCGUAACACAGGGAGUGACUGAGGCGCGAGCAAGGAUAUUCGGACAUGUGCUCAAUCCCACAGGCAAGAGAUCUGCACAUAAGCUUCUGCGGAAGAAGCUUAUCGGUGAAAAAGUGGCGCAGUGGUACCCUUAUGACAUUCAGCGAGACGACCCUCUCGUCAUGGCCCAGCAAGAGCAAGAGCGCUUAUCAAGACUGGAAAUGUUGAAGCGGCGAGGAAAAGGACCCCCCAAGAAAGGCCAAGGAAGACGUGCUGCCAAACGCAACAAAUAAUGAUGCUACUUUUUGGUGUUUUUGGAGGGUAGAAACCCUUGCCAGUUUUCCCUGUAUUAUCGUCAUGAAUUUGAUGCAUGUAAUUAGCAUCUUAAUCUCAUUCCCUAAAUUUAGUGCACUGGGAAGUUUAUACUGUUUGCCUGGAUUCAAAAGGCUUGACCAUUCUGUUAUGAUGAUUGAGCAUAGGAAGAGAAGGGCGUUGUGGACCUGGAAAAAAAAGCUUGAUAUGCAUUAUGGCCUUGUCUCUGCUGUUUUUUCCCCUCCUUUUAUUAUGGUUUGGAGUUCA